AUGAACAGGCUCGAAGAAAUGGGGUUGUCCUUCGGUAAGUUGUUCAGCAGGCUCUUUGCAAAGAAGGAGAUGCGAAUCCUGAUGGUGGGUCUCGAUGCUGCUGGUAAGACCACCAUUUUGUACAAGCUCAAGCUUGGAGAGAUCGUCACUACCAUUCCUACUAUUGGUUUCAAUGUGGAGACUGUUGAAUACAAGAACAUUAGCUUCACCGUCUGGGAUGUUGGGGGUCAAGACAAGAUUCGUCCAUUGUGGAGGCACUACUUCCAGAACACACAGGGGCUGAUCUUUGUGGUAGACAGCAAUGACCGUGACCGUGUUGUGGAAGCUAGGGAUGAGCUUCACAGGAUGUUGAACGAGGAUGAGUUGAGAGAUGCUGUGCUUCUCGUUUUCGCUAACAAGCAAGAUCUUCCAAACGCCAUGAACGCCGCUGAGAUUACUGACAAACUUGGACUUCACUCUCUCCGUCAACGACACUGGUACAUACAGAGCACUUGUGCUACUUCCGGAGAAGGGCUUUACGAGGGACUUGACUGGCUCUCCAACAACAUCGCGAACAAGGCCUAG